UUAAAAGCCUCGAGGGUUUUGGCCUCUCUUUAUUUUAUAUUUCCACUCUUCUCUGUCGAGAGAAUAAGCUAACGCAGCCAAAUCAUCGGCCACCAUUCUAGUUUGUGAUAUGGCUGGAGGGGAGCAGAAGAAGUCUGGCGGUGGAGGGAAAAAGAAGGAAGUGAAGAAGGAGACUGGUUUGGGUCUCUCCUUUAACAAGGAUGAGAAUUUCGGUGAAUGGUACUCUGAGGUUGUUGUGAACAGUGAAAUGAUCGAGUACUAUGACAUUUCUGGCUGUUAUAUUCUUAGACCAUGGGCAAUGUCAAUUUGGGAGAUCAUGCAAACAUUUUUUGAUGCUGAAAUCAAGAAGAUGAAAGUCAAGAACUGCUAUUUCCCUGUCUUUGUAUCUCCAGGCGUUUUGGAGAAGGAGAAGGAUCACAUAGAGGGUUUUGCUCCAGAGGUUGCUUGGGUGACAAAAUCUGGUGAGUCCGAUUUGGAGGUGCCUAUUGCUAUCCGCCCAACUAGUGAGACAGUUAUGUACCCCUAUUAUUCUAAGUGGAUAAGAGGACACCGUGACUUACCUUUAAGACUCAACCAGUGGUGCAAUGUUGUUCGAUGGGAGUUCAGCAAUCCUACACCAUUUAUCAGGAGUCGUGAAUUUUUAUGGCAAGAAGGGCAUACUGCCUUUGCAACAAAGGAAGAGGCAGACACAGAGGUUCUUGAAAUAUUGGAGCUUUACCGACGUAUAUAUGAGGAGUUCUUGGCUAUUCCUGUCACAAAAGGCAGGAAGAGUGAACUGGAGAAGUUUGCCGGUGGACUUUACACCACUAGUGUUGAGGCAUUUAUUCCAAAUACUGGGCGUGGUAUUCAAGGUGCAACCUCACAUUGUUUGGGACAAAACUUCGCAAAAAUGUUUGAGAUAACUUAUGAAAAUGAGAAGGGUGAGAAGGCUAUGGUCUGGCAGAAUUCCUGGGCAUAUAGCACUCGAACGAUUGGGGUCAUGGUAAUGGUUCAUGGGGAUAACAAAGGCUUAGUGCUGCCGCCAAAAGUAGCGGCUUUGCAAGUUAUUGUGAUUCCUGUGCCUUACAAAGAUGCAGAUACUAAAGGAAUCUUUGAUGCCUGUGCUGCCACUGUGGCAACCCUCUCAGAGGCUGGUAUUCGAGCUGAAGCUGAUCUUAGAGAAAACUACUCACCUGGCUGGAAGUACUCAAACUGGGAAAUGAAAGGUGUUCCCCUGAGGAUUGAAAUAGGUCCCCGAGACUUGGCAAAUAAUCAAGUGCGUGUGGUUCGCCGUGACAAUGGAGAAAAGACCGAUAUCUCUAGAGUGUUUUUGGUUGAACAAGUAAAAGGAAUGUUGGAUAAGAUUCAACAGAACCUAUUUGAUGCUGCAAAACAAAAGAGAGAUGCCUGCAUUGAAGUUGUAAAAACUUGGGAUGGGUUUGUUGAAGCUCUCGGGAAAAAGAAACUGAUCUUAGCUCCAUGGUGUGAUGAGGAGGAUGUGGAGAAAGACGUGAAAGCACGAACAAAGGGUGAGAUGGGAGCAGCUAAGUCUCUUUGUACCCCAUUCGAACAGCCUGAACUCCCCGAAGGUACUAAAUGCUUUGCCUCUGGGAAGCCUGCAAAAAAAUGGACCUAUUGGGGCAGAAGUUACUAGGAUUGUUCAUUUUUUAUAUCCAUCCCCUUCGCUUGGUUCAACAGUUGAGGUUAUUGGCUCAUUCUGAACUUGUGAAAUUUUCGGUUUAAAAUUGUUACAUGGAGCUGAGUUUUUAAUCAUAUUGUGGGAUCUUUGUUUUUCCUUUUCUGUCAGAAUUUUUCUUUGCUACAAUGGAUUUGCUGUUU